CUUUGAUUGUUCCACAGUACCAGGUCUAUUCCUCAGGUGCUUGCUUUCUCGCUUUGUGUGGUUAGUUGCUCACUCUUUUGCUUGAUCCCUGUAGCAAGGCUGAUGCGCCUGGCUUCUUUCCUCUAGUGGAUAGCGAGCACCCACGUCUACCUUUUUCUUCUUCUUCUGUGCAGUAAGCACCGAUUUAUGGAUCCCUAGUUGGCACAGGGUUGAAGUUUGAAAUGCCUGCAAAUCCAUUUUAGGGAGGUCGUUGGUUGCGGGGUUCGCCUCGUUGGUCGCUGCGGUGGUUGUACUUGCGCUUUCGAAUCCUUCUGUGGAGGUUGAGGUUGGUGAUGUUGUGGCUGGGGAGACUUAUUCUUGUUGUGUUGCAGUAGCCCUUUCAUGUCGGGGGCCGUGAGAUUGCUUAGGUUUGGGUGAUUGGGAGUCGAGUUUGUUUCUGGCGUCCGUGGAUUUAGUGUGCGGGAGCUGCUGUAGAAGUUUGCGAGGUGGGUUUUUGGUUUGUGUGGCAUGAGGGUGCAGAAGAGAAACUGGGGAGUGAAGAGGAGGAUUUAUGUUUUGAGGUUUUGAGGCGGCGAGGGGAGAUGACCACUACCACAGGUAUGGCGUUGUCGUUCAUGCCGCCAUUUUUUAGCAUUUUCGAGGUUUGGGCGUGUUUGCUUCUAGUGGGGACGGUGGCGUUCUUCGUGUGGAGGCAGCAAGGAGCGAAACCUGUGAAGCCCGUGGUGGUGGUGGCGAAGCCCGUGGCGCCGAUUGAGGAUGAAGUGGAAGAAAACAGCUCUGUGAAGCGAGUGACGGUUUUCUUCGGGACGCAGACGGGUACAGCGGAGGGCUUCGCUAAGGCGAUUGUGGAAGAGGCUAAGUCGCGGUACGAGGGCUCUGCCGUGUUCAAGGUUUUGGAUCUCGAUGAUUACGCCGCGGAUGAUGAGCAGUAUGCGGCGAGGUUGAAGAAGGAGAAAUUUGCGUUGUUCAUGGUGGCGACUUAUGGGGAUGGCGAACCUACUGAUAACGCGGCGCGGUUUUACCAUUGGUUUAUUGAAAACGGAGAGGAGUUGGAGCUACAUUUGAGCGAGUUGAGGUUUGGAGUGUUCGGUCUGGGUAACCGGCAGUACGAGCACUUCAACAAAGUGGCUAAAAAAAUCGAUACUGCAUUCGCGAAGCAUGGUGCGAAGCGGAUUGUGGAAGUCGGUCUCGGCGACGACGAUCAAUCCAUUGAGGAUGACUUUGCCGCAUGGAAGGAAAAGCUCUGGCCGGAACUUGAUGUUCUGUUAAAAGACCCCGAGGACUCACAAGCCACUACCCCGAAGACUGCUUAUCUUGCUGCUGUUGCGGAGUAUCGCACAGUGAUUUACGAACCUGGAACGAAGCUUCAUGUGGAAGAGUACUCUGGUAAGAAAAUUGGACAAGCCGCUUACGAUGCUGUUCAUCCGUGCAAGGCGGAGGUGGCGUUUGUGAAGGAGCUUCAUAGCCCUGAAUCAGGCAGGUCUUGCACUCACUUAGAGUUUGACAUCGCUAAUACGGGACUGUCCUACGAAACUGGUGAUCAUGUCGGAGUCUAUGUGGAGAAUAGUCGGGAUGAUGUGGAGGAAGCCGCCAAGUACUUGGGAAUGCCUCUUGAUACAAUUUUCUCGCUUCAUGUGGACGCUGAAGAGGGGCAGCUACUGGCUGGAUCUCUUCCCCCGCCAUUUCCAGGUCCAUUGUUGCUGGAGACAGCUUUGCGUCGUUACACUGAUUUGCUCAACCCUCCGAGGAAAGCCGUGUUGAUGGCAUUGGCGGCUUUUGCAUCUGACCCGGAAGAAGCUGAAAGAUUGACAUAUCUAGCUUCUCUGAAGGGUAAGGAAGAGUACUCCAAGUGGGUAGUGCAGAGCCAGCGGAGCUUGAUCGAGGUAUUGGCCGCCUUUUCCUCCGUUAAGUUGCCACUUGGUGUCUUCUUCGCGAGUGUUGCGCCUCGUUUGCAGCCACGAUUUUACUCAAUCUCGUCAUCCCCCAAAUUGUCCCCUUCCAGAAUUCACGUCACUUGUGCGCUCGUCCAUGGCCCUAGCCCCACGGGACGCAUCCACCGUGGUGUUUGUUCCACCUGGAUGAAAAAUGCACAGUCUAAUGAAGCUUGUAGCGCGGAUGGCUGCAGCUGGGCUCCCAUUUUUGUGCGCCAAUCCAAUUUCAGGUUACCCGCAGACUCCUCUACUCCAGUUGUAAUGGUAGGCCCUGGAACUGGCUUGGCACCAUUCAGGGGGUUCUUACAAGAGAGAGCUGCUCUUCAGGAAUCAGGGUCAAUGCUUGGGCCGGCGAAGCUCUUCUUUGGAUGCCGAUCACGUACUCAAGAUUUUAUUUACGAGGACGAGCUCAAAAGUUAUGUUGAGAAAGGAGUGAUGGAACUCACAGUAGCAUUCUCCAGGGAGGGUUCCAAGAAGGAGUAUGUCCAGGACAAAAUGCUUGAGCAAGCAGGAGAAGUGUGGAGUUUGAUUAAGGGUGGUGGGUACUUGUACGUCUGUGGUGACGCGAAGGGGAUGGCGAGAGAUGUGCACAGGAUGCUGCACACUAUUGUUCAGCAGGAGGAGGGCGCAGAGGGCUCGAAGGCUGAGGCAAUUGUGAAGCAACUCCAGGUGGACGGGCGGUAUCUGCGCGAUGUCUGGUAGCCUUCCCUUUCGUCAGAUUUAUGCUGUUAAAGAUGUUCUGCCUCAAAACCUCAAGUGGGUGGUUUGUGCACGUGCUGCUGAUUUCGAUCCAAUGACUAGGACUUGUCUUCUAGAAGCGCCGUGUGUAGAAAACGACAAGUACUUACCAGUUUGUGAGUAUUGGGAAGCAAGGAUACGAAUCCUCUACUAAAGAGUGAUUUUAUUUAACCAUUAGCUUGGGAUUCUAGUCAGCGCAAGUCUAUUUAAGUACUUUUGUUCUUGAUUGCUGAAGGUAAAUACUUAUCAAUUCUGUUCUCAAACUUACUGUAGAGAUUCUGACCGCGCCAGCUUUGGAACUUCUUGUCUGAAAUGUUAUCUGGCAUCGAAUUCCCAAUGUUUUGUCUUUCGGAUAAGCAUAUCGGAGGUCUUUCACUGAGCUUCCUUAGUGACAGUUACGAUA